GCGCGCCCGGCGCCACGCUGGCCCCGGGCCGGCGGGGGGAAGGGGCCCCGGCCCCCGCUUUGUCUCCUCGGGGUUAAAGGGAUGGGGGGGGCCCGCGGUCGGGGCCCCCUCCUCCGCCGCGGACUCCUCUCUAGGACUGCGGGGUAAAAGGGACCCGAAGGAGACGCGGGGGUUCUGUUGGGAGGGGGGCAGGAGCCCUCCCCCCGCCCCGGACACUCCGUCCUCCGGAGGUCUGACCUUCAAACAAAGGUUGUCUACCUCAGAGACCAGCCUUCUUACCACUAGAAUCACACAUUUGAAGGAAGAAAGGAUGGAGCCUUAGGAGAGGAAGAAGCUUUCUUUGUACUGUGUUUUGCAAACUCUAAAGAGCUAUAGGAAUCUCAACGAUUAUUAAGAAAAGAGAAAGGGCAGGUUAUUGUGCGACUGAGGUCCCGAAGGAGGAAAAAAGGUUUGCCUUUUAUUCCUCUAAGUGAGCUGCCAACCGCAGCAUUUCCAGCUAGGAACACCUAGAAGAUUGUUCCAGUCACUGUAUAGAUCACAGAUGAGCUCAUUUAUGCCUGUGUUAAAGAUGGACGGAGAUAGUUCGACCACAGAUGCAUCGCAAUUAGGAAUUUCAACAGACUACAUUAGUGGCAGCCACUAUGUGAUACAGCCUCAUGAUGAUACAGAAGACAGUAUGAAUGAUCAUGAAGACACAAAUGGUUCCAAAGAGAGUUUCCGAGAACAAGACAUCUAUCUCCCCAUUGCCAACGUGGCGAGGAUAAUGAAGAAUGCCAUACCUCAGACUGGGAAGAUUGCUAAGGAUGCUAAGGAGUGCGUACAAGAGUGUGUGAGUGAAUUCAUCAGCUUUAUCACAUCUGAAGCCAGUGAAAGGUGUCACCAGGAAAAGCGGAAGACCAUCAAUGGAGAAGAUAUUCUGUUUGCAAUGUCGACUUUGGGUUUUGACAGUUAUGUGGAACCUUUGAAGCUUUACCUUCAGAAAUUCAGAGAGGCAAUGAAAGGAGAGAAGGGCAUCGGUGGAGCCGUCACGACCACAGAUGGACUGAGUGAGGAGCUCACCGAAGAAGCUUUCACUAAUCAAUUACCAGCCGGUUUAAUAACCACAGAUGGCCAGCAACAAAAUGUUAUGGUUUAUACAACAUCAUAUCAACAGAUUUCUGGUGUUCAACAGAUUCAAUUCUCAUGAUUUCAAGAAAAAUUAGAACUGAGAAUCUAAAAAGAUGGGAGAGAAGUGGACAGUUCGAAAGCAGAGACAUUACAUACAACAUGGGGAAGAGAAAUGUCUCUUUGUAUAUUAAAUAGCUGUAAUGUAGCUUCCCUGAUGCCUGACUAAUUGAGGUGUGCAUUCCGACUGGAGAAUCUUUUUUCAUGAAUGAUUUCAAUGAAAAAAAUUUGGAUUUUAAAGGUAUUAAAAUAUUUUUGUUUUGUACAAGAGUUUGUUGCUCUGUAUGACUCCUGUAUGCAUUGUAGAUUGCGAUUUAUUACUGUCGGAGAUUUGUAGACUUUCUUAUUUUCAUAUUGAAUCAUGUUACUUUUGUAUAAUUCAAGUAAACAGCUGGGUUAAUUCAUGAUGUUUGCCCUUUUAAUAAAAUAUGAGGGUAGAGUUCA